CCUCACUCCAACUUGUUCCUUGUCUCCUCUCUUUGUUUGACUCCAUCAGAUAUCCUUCGGAAGUAAAUCUAGAUCGAGCUUCUUAUCUCUUUUGGUAGAAGAAACAAGAGAAGAAACUAAGAAGAUGAUCAUAUCUACUUUUGUGUGCAAAAGGAUUUGGGCGAUGAGAGGUGGUGUCAGCCAUCUGCAGCAACAGCACUACUUCUCCACACAGCCUGCAAGCAGGUUAGCCGGCAAAGUUGCAGUCAUCACCGGAGCCGCCAGCGGCAUCGGCAAAGCGAGCGCAGCUGAGUUCAUCCGCCACGGCGCAAAAGUCAUCCUAGCCGACGUCCACCACGAGCUCGGCAAAGCCACCGCUGACGAGCUCGGCCCCGCCGCUACCUUCGUCGGCUGCGAUGUCAGCCAGGAGCCCCACGUCGCCGCCGCCGUCGACCUCGCGGUCGCCAAGCAUGGCCAUCUCGACAUCAUGUUCAACAACGCCGGCGUCGCCGGAUCCCUUGCCAUGUCCAUCACCGACCUCGACCUCGCCGACUUCGACCGCACCAUGGCCAUCAACGCCCGGUCGGUGGUGGCGGGGAUCAAGCACGCCGCUCGCGUGAUGGUCCCGCGCCGCGCCGGGUGCAUUCUGUGUACCGCGAGCAUCGCCGGGGUGCUCGGCGGGAUAACGCCGCUCGUCUACUCAGUGUCGAAGGCGGCGGUGCUGGGGGCGGCGAGGUCGGCGGCGGCGGAGCUCAGCAAGCACGGGGUCAGGGUGAACUGCAUCUCGCCGCAUGCGCUGCCGACGCCGUUCGGGAUCAACGCCGUGAAGAAGAUGACGGCGGAGGAAGACGUUCGGCGGGUGAAGGAGAUGAUCGAGGCCACGGGGGAGUUGGAGGGGACGAAGUGCGAGGUGGAGGACGCGGUGAAUGCGGCGGUGUAUUUGGCUUCGGAUGAGGCCAAGUACAUCAGCGGACACAAUCUAGUGGUGGAUGGUGGCUUCACUGCGUGCAAAUAUUUGCGAUUUCCGCCACCCUGAGUAGAUUCCUGGAAUCCAGGCGAAGACGUACUGUGUUCUCUCAGGAUCGGUGAAUGAUCGUGCAACUCGCCAUGAAAUUGUUCUUACUUAGCCUUAAAGAGGCAUUGCAUAAGGCCUAUGUCAACUUACAACUGAGUCCAAAUUUUAUAGCUAUGAAUGCACAAAGACUGCAUUACUUA